CUUUUACCGAAAAUGUCACUUGGUAGCUCACUGGUUUCUCUUGCUUCUACACCGUUUACUUGCUUAUGUAGAAGUUAUGCUGUGCAUUCAACUCGUAAAAUAGCUGCUCGUAGCUUGUCUUUGUCAGCCGCUCAAUACUCAGAAGACAAUAAAGACUACAAGAUAAACCCGGAAUUCAUCAACAGAAAUGAUAGAUGCCUUGAGUAUAUGAAUGUUUCUCCAAGAAGAAAAGGAUGGAGAUUUCAAACACCUUCCCGAAACUUUUAUUACAAACUCCAUAUUAAUCCUACCUCCAGCAAAGUAGAGGUUUACCUAGAACAUUCCUCAGGGAGGAAGGUCAUCUACGCUUCAUCAUCAGAGUGGGCGAUAAGGCAGUUCUUAUACAGGUACAUAGAUGUGUCAGCGGCUGUCAAUACCGGUCGUGUGUUUGCCGAUCGCUGUCAGAAAGCCGGCAUUGUCAACGUGUAUUAUGACCCAGUCUCAGAAGGUCAUGGAGGGGAUAAGGUUAAAGCAGUGCUGAAUGCUUUGGAAGAGUCUGGCAUUAAAAUUGGAGAAGAGGAGGUCAUCGAGGGAGAAUUUAAACCUGGAAUCAAAUAUGACGGCAAAAACCGAAUCGGAGAGAAGAAACAGCCAUAUGACAUACAGAUUGUAUAAUGAUUCAUAUUUA